AUGCCGAAAAAGAUAAUCAAAAAAACAAUCAAACUUACUGAUGAUGAUGAGUAUGAAAAGAAAGUAGAAGAACCUUCAACACCUCCAAAUCAAAAUGUAAAAAGAAAUACAAAAGUUCAACAAAAAGAAGAAAAAGCAGAAAAUUCACCUUUACAAGGAUUAAAAUUAGAAGGGGAAUUUCUUAUCUUUACAAAAAGACAAUUUAAAAGAACCAGAGAUGGAAAAGAAAAAAUUGUUAAUAAUGAGUUGAAUGAAAGGAAUGUUCCUGUAAAGAAAUGUAAAAAGAAAAAAAUAACAAAAACAAUUAGUUUUGAAGAAGAAAGUGAUGACCCAGAAUUUAUUAUAUCUUCAGAAUUACACAACUCACAAAAUGAAUCACAAAGAGAUUUAAAUCAAUUAAAUAAACAAAAACUAAACAAUAAAAUAUAUCAAGUGAAAUACACAAAUGAAGAAGAACCAAUAGUAUUUACUCAACGCUCAUUUAAAAGAAAUAGAAUGAAUGGAGAAGAAAAGAAGCAAAUUAAUGUUAUUAACCAAGAACCUAAACGUGUUAAAAAAACAAAAGUUAUUAAAAAAACUAGUUCUGAAAAUGAAGAGUUUGUUGGAGGUCAUACAAUUAUUACACAACAACCCAAACUAGAAAACGUUCUUAAUUCUAUGGUUUUGUCUAGUUUUAUUCAUAACCAUGCUACAAAGUUUUCUAAGAAAGGAAGAACAAUUGCUCAAAAAAUUGCUUUUAAUGAAAUGGAAAUAGAUGUCUUUAAAUCUGGAAAUUUAUUAACUAAUUCAUUAGAAAAUGGAUUAAAUAAAAGGGAAGUUGAAGUUAUUUGUCAAAGAAUGUUUAAAAGAGAUAGAAAAACUGGUGAAUUAAAAACAAAAAUACAACAAAAGACUGAAAAUAAAGGAAUUAAAAAAAUAAUAAAGAAAAAAGUUGUCAAAACAAUAAAACAAGAUGAUUUAAGUGAUAACAACUCUUUAGAAGAAAUAAAAAAUGAAAAUCAUAAUUUAUAUGAAAGAAAAGUAAUCAGAGAAAAACCAGGAAAAACAACAAUGAUGAUAGUUGAUAAAGAACUAUAUACAAAAGAUGAACAACCUAUAACUAUGGCUCAUUGUUUCAGAAGAAAUAGAGAAAAUCCAGAAGUUGAAAUGAAAUUUAAGUAUGGAAUAAUUCAAAAAGAAUUAACUAAUGAAGAGAAAGGAAAAGUUUGUAAGAAAAAAGUGAUUAAGAAAAGUAUUAGUUUUGAAGAUAGUGAUGAGGAAAAAGAACAAACAAAAACAAUUAAAAAGAAGAUCAUAAAAAAGACACUUCAUUUUAAUGAUGAUGAAGAUUCAGAAAUCAAAACAAAAAAGAUAAACACUCAGAAGAAAAAAGUGAUCAAAAAGACAUUAAACUUUAAUGAUGAUCACGAAAUAAAAGAAAGUCCAUUGUUUCAUAAAAAAAAAGUCAUAAAAAAGACAAUAUCCUUGAAUGAUGAUGAACAACCAAAAAAAGAAACUACUAAGUCUUCAGUCCAAAAAAAGAAAAUAAUAAAAAAAACAAAGAGUUUAGACGAUGAUGAUAAUAAUGUCAUUAAAGAAGUUGUACAGAAAAGUAUUCCAUUAAAAAAAGAUAUUACUUAUAAAGAAGCAAGUAAGAGAGAUUUUGUGGUUGGAGAAGUUACAAAAGAAGAAUUAACUUCUGAAAAUAAUUCAAAGAAUGAUGAAUUAUCUAAAUGUAAGAAAGACACUAAUCAAAAAUUAACAACUAAUGAAACAAAAGAAACAACCGUUAAUAACUCUUCAAAUACGUUGAAAAGAAGUAAAAAAGUAACCAAAAAAUUAAAUAAAAAGAGUUCAAAAAAAAUUAAUGUUUCAUUUGUACGAUUUGAAAUGGACUUUGAUAAUUACAAUGAUGAAAGCUGGUUAUCUGAUUGUGAAAAUUUUUCUAAUGAGUAA